AUGGGGAUGUCCACUGACUGGGUACGAGUGGUGGAGUGUGAGGACUUGGGCGCGGACGGGAGUUAUCUGAAGGAGUUGGAGUACCCUGUAUAUUUCACGGAUGUGACAGGUGGUUUGAAAAUGAAGUUGAGCGCAUGGGGCCCGUUACCCGUGGCAGAGGCGGGGAAGAUCGUAGAGGCGCAGUGGGGCACCCUCGGGCUGCGGAUGCGAACCGGGGAGGGUCUGGCACCCGUGGAGGGGCACAGCUUCCUCCACACGGGCCCGGAGCCGGUGGUGUUGCUGCGCAUGUCUCCUUCGUUCGUUAGCCAAAACCGCACGCGCUACUUCGUGACCGUAGUCAAGUACGCCAGCAUUGCGCUGGACUCCCAGACACCAGCCGUGCUACAGCACUGGCUCGUAACCGACGAGCCAGACUACCCGCCUGUUCUUGUAUGUCGGAUGGUCGUCAAAAGCGGUAUGCCUAAAGCCCUCGCGUGGCAGCGCUCCCCCGUCGCGGGCGUCGCCAUUCUGUGCAUGGUUACCUACGAUGGGCUCCUGCGCUGCUACAAAGUCCAGCAGAGCGCCAUUCCGCACGAAAUCGUCCACCAAGAGUGGUUGGUGCUCAAGCCCCAGGACGCCAAAUUCACCUGCGUCGACACUCUUCUGGACCAGCCCGGCGGGACUGGGGAGGCCGCAGCCGGGCUUGAGACGGCAGCCGGAGACCGAGGGCCCAGCCAUAUGUAUAUUUGUCUCGGCACUGCGGACGGACACGUCAACUUUAGCUUCGUGGACUUGGCGACCGCGCAGGUGCAGUGGCGGUCGGUGCACUUUAUGAAGCCGGGACGGGUAUGCUGUGUGGCUUUCAUGCCGGCGGGUAGCGGUUAUUUCUUCGCAGCCGCGAUGGCCAACGGCCACCUACUGGUCUGCGACCGGCGUCAGGGCAGCGCCGCCGUCCUGAUGCACUUGGAAUACAUGAGUCGACCGAUCGAGUCCAUGCUCUGGCCAGAAGCCUAUGGCGCCAUUGUCUCUUCGCAGACAGAGGGCAUGAUUUUCUCCCUGUCCAUGACCGAGACCUCCCGCCAUCACUACCUCCGCAGCUGGCCCAAACCCCCCGUCAAACGAAAACCGAAACAUGAGGCUGUGCCUGAGGCUGAGACCGCACCAAUGCGGCCGGAAAACGCGGCGGAUCACGGCAAACGAGCGACCAAACGCCUGAGCAAACGUGGGAGCAAACGUGGGAACAAACAGCAGCUGGAGGACGCGCACACGGACAGCGAGUCGGCCAGCGAACGCAGCAGCUCGGACGAACAGUCGGCGACCACCGAGAGCCCGGAGGAGGCCAUUCCGCAUCUGUGGCGGUCAUUGCUGAGUCCUGCGUACCGGAGCGAGUUGGCGGUGCGGACAUUCGAGAACCCCUCCACAUGUUGCGCAAUAAGUGGCCAGUACGGUGCCUUUUCAUACGACGGCGGCGUGGGCCUGGACGGCGCACUUUCACGUCUAGACAUGAAGGCGUACGUUGAGGCCAGUAUGUUCCAGUGGUCGCUGGUGACUCCCAUGACACAUGACCCCACGCUGGCUUCGAACCCGAAGCCCGAGCCCCCGGUCCUUAUAAAGGAAGAGGAUGACGCCGAUUCUACAAACCGCUAUACCAUGCCAACCACGCUGCUGCCUCCUGGGCACCGGUCUCAAGACCACCGGAAUGGAGCAGUCGAGGGCGCGUUUCUGUCCCCCAGUGGCCCGAGUGUUGGUGCAGCGGAUGCGUCUCCAGCGAAUGCAAAUGCCAUAACAAGUGUGAUGCGAACCAGCGACACUAAGUCCCCCGCACAUGCGUCUGAGAGCCCGCGCGGAGCGUUCGACGAGGAGUCGUUGGACCGGGGCACGUUGGAGUUAUUGUACCGCGUGUUAGACCGUGGCAUUCUAUCCGCCGCUCGGGACGGGAUCCACAUUCUGAGUAGUAACUAUUUUGACUUUGAUUCGGGACCCCUCGCGUCUCUCUGGCCGCCAGUUCUCGGCAACAUUCUGGACAUUCCGGACAACGUAGCCAUUACCUCCAUCACCUGCUGCGCGGGCUACGACCACGACACCCACGCCCGCCCCGCCUUUGCGUACGGAUCUAACUUCGGCCUCGUCCACCUCCACCAUUUUUGCACCUCGUGA